AUGAAGAAUGAGGAAAUUUACGUCAAUUCACGAAAUGUUCAAAAUGCACAAAAUGCACAAAAUGGAGAUCCAUCCUUAAAAACGGAGGUGGAAGACGAUAAGGAUGAUACGAACAUGAGCGUAGUUCGAUACGAUUAUCUCGGUAAGGCAGACAUGAAUGGAAGUUACGAUGCGGAAGAUGUGAAGAGCAAAAACUUCGAUGAAGACAGCAGCCUUAACAACAAGCUAAUAUCCACAAUAGAAAGUGAAAAUCACCUGAACGAGGAAUACAAAUAUGGAUACGAUAAUGAAGUUUUGGCUAGCCAGGAAAUGCAAGCCAUUUCAAAAAUUAUGAAAAGUAAAAAUAUGACUUGUGUGCAAAAUGUUUCCCCUGAGAAUAAUUGGGAGGAUAGCAAUAUGCUGCCAAUGGAGGGAGACGAAUCGGUGGGCAUUAAUCAGAGUGGAAGUUUUCAAAGUGCAAACAAUUUAAACACAGAAGAUAAGCUAAACAGUAGCGGCAUGGAGAAGGCGGGCGAUUACAUGUAUGGCAUGAAGAGCGAUAGUGAUGAUAGAAGCGGUAGCAAAAGUUUCGAAGAUGAUGAAAUUCAUGGAGAGAAGAGUAAAACGGGUUCUUCCCACCCAUUGGAGGAGGUCAAUAUGGACGGGGAGGGAAGACAGCACACCUACUUCAGUACCCAACGUGGUCAUGCUUACGAUGAAUUAGCUUCAAAUGGGGAUUAUGGAAAGAUGCAGUAUAAAGAAAUGAAGGAGGUUGGGAAGGAGUACCUCCAUUUUGAUAAACGAGAGAAAGAUGAUGAGCGGGAUGGGAGUGGCUGUAGGGGGGUCGACGCCCAUUUUGAUGCGGUAGAGUCGGAUAUAAAUUUUUACGACCAGGGGGUGGGCAGAAGUGAGGUUAGAAGUGAGGGCAAAUUUGAGCAGGAAAUUUCAGACGCAGUGCCCCCUCCCAAAAGUGAACAGGGUGAAAAAAAGAGUCUCCCAAAUUUCGAAUCGAAUGCGGUUAAGACAAACGGUCCAGCAGGAAUUAUUGCCGAAGAGAAUGCAACAGACACGCAGGUGCACAAUGAGCGCAGUGAUGAUAGUCUAAGUGGCGCACCUUGUGAAAACGAUCCACAUGGUGCAGAUAAAAAUGGCAAUGGGGAGGAAGCUCUAGGUGGUGCUACGUGGGGGGAUCGACAAGCGAAAACAAACGUAGACGCUGCUGCUGUGGAGAAAGGAAGUGACCGCAUAAAGGGGAAUCAGCCGAAUGAGGGGGAUCCUCCUACGAGUCAGCAAAAUGACAACGGGGGAAGCGCAACUAGAAAGGAGGGCACCGUCGAAAGUGAUAGCGGUGAGCAGAACGAAGGUGCAGAUGACGCAACGGGCGAAGAGUUCCCAAGCAGUGAACAAAAAGUAGGUCACGAGAAGAGCGUGAAAAAUUGCGCCAAUGAAAAGGGCACACAGGGUGGAGAGAAUUACGGAGAGAUGACUGGCGAAGAUGCGCUGGUGGGGAAAACCAUUCGUAGUGCCAUUCCGAGCGGAGGAAGUAAUACGGAAGAGUUUUACAACGGCGUGAGCGUUGCUGCUCCGGCGAACGUGACGCGGAUGAAGGUCUCCAGCGAUGAUGCAGCGCAGGAGGGGGAGCGCGACUCGAACGUGACGACUGUGAAUAGCCCCCCGAAGGAGGGCAGCGCUGUAGGCGGCGGAGUAGGCGAUGGCGGAAGCGGUGGUAUCGUCCAUGGAGAUGGUACCACCAAGCAGGAGCAGAACGGAACGAGAGGCCCCAGUGCGGAACCUCUGAAGAGUAAGGACCACCCGAGCGAUUUCAAAGUGACCAAGUUGAGCCACACGAACGGGAAGGACAACAAGGAUGGUCUUUACUCCUACAUGAAGGCAAGCAACGCCAUGGAUGACACGAUCAAUAGCACGAUAAGUGAUAAUGCAAAUGAAUACGAAUUGGUGGAGGAUGGCAGUGAAGUGAAAAACGAAAAGGAGGACCCCAAAAUUGAGUCCGAAAAUGUCCAAAUGGAAAGCGCCUACCAGAUAGUGCCCAAUAAUAAUAAAAGGAGAAGAGACAGUUUCACCAACGAAGAAGUGAACAAGGAAAGAAAAUUGAACGACCAGAAUGAAUCCCCCUAUGCAUCCCCUGAGGAGAAUGUAAAUAAGACCUUCACCGAACAUGCACAUGGCGAAUCGUAUGGAGAACAGAAGGGGGAGAAGGUAACCUACGAAAGUUGUGGCAAAGGCCAACCAUAUGUUAACCCCCAACAAGGGAAUCAAAACAAACAAGGGGAAAUUUUUUUAAGUUAUUCAAAGGAGAACCUUGGGGGGGUUAUCCCCGUGAACAAGGAUAACAUGACCACUGAUUCUUCAUAUGAUAAUGGAAAGUCCUUUACCAUGUAUAGCUCAUUUGAUAAGUCAAAUGUAGUGGGAAAAGUUGUUCAGGGAAGCGUAGACACGAAUGGUGCAUAUGUGCCAACGCACCCACAACCCAGUGGUGAGGAUUCAAACCCGAACUGUAAAGCGAAUAUAACCCAUAAUGUUAAUGACGCCCAAAUUGAGCAUAACGCGGAUGGCUAUUCUCAGCAUAUUCAGGUGGCAGCCAAAAGUGUGAAGGACAACUGUAAUGAAUAUGCAGAUGUGGACAACGAAAAUAAUAACCUGUCCGAUGAUGGCAAAAAUUCUAGUGAUGAUAAUUUGGAGAAGAAGGACUCAAAUCAGUUUGAUGUAAAUGAUAAGAAGAAGACUAAAGCGGACAGUGAGACGUUAUUGCCAAUAGCCAAUAUUAGCAGAAUUAUGAAAAGAAUUUUGCCGGCGUCUGCUAAGGUGGCCAAGGAAAGCAAAGACAUAAUACGCGAGUGCGUCACGGAGUUUAUACAGUUCCUGACCAGCGAGGUGAGAGCGGCCAGCGACAGGUGCCUCAGGGAGAGGAGAAAGACCAUCAGCGGCGAGGACAUUUUGUUUUCCAUGGAGAAAUUGGGAUUUAACGACUACGUUGAACCUCUUUAUGAGUACCUCACCAAGUGGAAGCAGCUCAAAGGGAUGAACAACUCCAACUGCCAUGAGAAGAAAAGCGAAGGUUCGAAGGCCCCGCUUGAGGAAAACGCCACAAUGAAGAAGAGCCUAAGCGACGUUAACAUGAACAACAAUGCAAUUAUGGGCAAGGGAGCAGACAAUGUCAUCUUGACGAAAGACACCUAA